UAAUAACGACUAAAUUUGUUAUAAUGGCGGAUAUGUCCAACGAUGAAAAAAUUUUCGCAGGAAGUUCUAGUCCUUGUCCAAGCAUCACCCAAGAUACUAUAAUUAAAAUGUGGGUUCUCUUUGAAGGCGAACCGAGUUCAGAUGAGUUGACGGCUGAUAUAACAAAAGUCCCUAACUUGGCUCAAUUCAAGCGCAUUCUCAAGAACGAGUUUGACAUAUUGAAAGAUGUUAGACCAUCAAGUAUCGUAUUCUUCAACUAUGACGAUCGCAGUACACCUAUUCCACCAGGCACUCUUCUACAACCUCUGGCUGACAGUACAACGGAUACAAAACCACUCGUUGUACGCUACCCGAUAUCAGAUUCGAGUAUUGUGGUAAACUUAAGAUUUUUGCGUAACACCUGUGAAUGCGAAAUACCCUAUUCCAGCGGGGCAUGGGAUCUUCUUCAAAAAGAAGUUAAAGAUGUAUUUAAAAAUAUUGCCAGCUAUCUGGAAAACGCAAACAUUAUUUAUUCGAUUAAUAAUAACUCAACUGGCAAAGGAAAAUUAAUUAAGAACGAGUUUCUUCUGAUGAAGUUGUUGAAAGAAACAAAGCCAAAUGAGUCAAAUGAGCGAUGUUUAGAUCUAAAAAUAGAAAUCGAAGGAAAGAAGGCUUUCGGAGAUUGGAAAUUUAAGGAGGUGAUCCGUGAAAUUUACAACAAUGAAUAUACCAAUGUUGAUGCAAUGCCGAAAUUUUUACUCGAGAAUCUUCCCGAAUUAAGUUCACCAAUAGAGGAAGAGGAAAUCGAAUGUUUUAUUACAAAUCUCAAGAAUAAGGCAUUCGCAUUUCAUAACUGUAUACAUACCAAUGAAGCUACAGUACGUGAAUAUAUUUCAAUCUUCAUGACAACUGCAGUUAACCAUAUUCGAAAAUCUAAAGAUUCAACAACAAAAUUAAAGGUGGAGUCCGAACUUAAUGGGACUCGAGGCUACGGUAAUGUAGACUAUGAAGUCAAUAUACAAAAUGUUCCGAUAUUGAUUAAUGAGGUCAAAAAGCAAGAUAUGGAAAAAGGAGUUGCCCAAAAUUUGGUGCAAGUGUAUACUGCAGGCGAGAAAUUGUUAAGAAAACGAAAACGUGACGAAUCAGUGGAUUUGUUCGGUAUAGUAACAAUGGGAGAUGUUUGGAGAUUUAUCCAUUUGUGUGGUACAUUACAAAAUCCAAUGGCUGAAAUCACUGAAGAAAUUCGUUGUAAUUGCUUUGGUGAUGAUUAUCAAGAAGCAAAAAAGGUGGUAUCAUACAUUGCACAGUUAUUACAAGCACAAGCAAAUAUGUUAAAAAAUGACAAUGAUCAUGAAGAACGAGAUAAUAAACGUAUAAGAAAAAUAGGUUCUGAUUAA